AUGCCGACUCUCAAAGCGCACUCACUGAUCGAUACAACGCCGGCCGUUGCUUCCUUUCUUGACAAGCUUGUCCAGUAUGGCAUAAACAAAAUACCUAAUCCUCCCGCGCAGCUGGAGCUGCAACGGCCGCUAGGUAUAUACGUCCCUAGAAUGUAUUUCGACGCCGAAGGCAACAACCUCGGCCGGCACGGAACGCUUUCGAUUCUUCAGGUGUACGUGUUACCUCUGGAUCACGUCUACCUCAUAGACGUCACAACGCUGAAAGGCGCAGCUUUUGAUACGCCUGGCAAGGCGGGUCUGACACUACGAAUGAUCCUCGAGGAUCCGGCGGUUCUGAAGGUCUUCUUCGACGUUCGUGGCGACUCCGAUGCCCUGCACGCACUCCACAGCAUAGAGCUGCGGGGCAUCCACGACCUUCAACUGAUGCAACUUGGCACUCUAAAGUCUGUAGAUGGCCUUAGCAAACUCGCAAGCCUCGAGAUCUGCAUUCGAAAAGACACCGGUAUCUCGACCGAGGAACAGGACGCUAUGGCUGCACUCAAGCGGGCAGGUAAGCAGUUGUUUCGUACUGGGUUUGGCGUGUUUGAUGAACGGCCGUUGAAAGCGCCCUUGGCUGAGUAUUGUGUUCAGGAUGUGCAGCAUAUGGCCACGCUUUGGACAGCAUAUGCGAACCUUCUGACCAAGGAAAAGUGGGCGCGGGUGCUAGACAUAUCGAGGGCCAGAGUCAAUGGCAGCCAGUCCGCUGACUUCACACGAACCUGUUGGAACAAAAGUCUGGUUCCUGUCCAAUUCUGGAGUAGGCCUGGCGCUGGUCAGCAAUGGGGGCCGUUCUACUAG